AUGGCCGGCCGUCGCGCAAACGGUUCAUUAUCCUGGGCGGCCAAAGCAGCCGUCCUAGGUUCACUCCUUUCCGCCCCUGUGAGGGCCCACGACGAUGAUGUUGUUACCGUCGAGGUUGUCGUUACAACCUACCUCGACCUCGGUUCGUGCGUCAAUGCCUGCGAUCCAAAGCCUGCAUUCAAGACAGUCGAAGAGAAGCCGUCAUAUGUGACGCUUACGCUGCCAACAUGCCAAUCGGAGCACGCUACCUCAACUAAACAUCCCGACUGUCCGGUCUGCCUAGGAACUGUCUUUCAUUAUGAACCUACCGAAGAUCCCUAUGUUACAAUCACGUCAACUGCAUACGACUACGACAAGCCAUAUGUCUCAACUAUUCAUCCCAACUGUCACGGCUGCAAGGGGACUGCUAUUAUAUAUGAACCCACCAAGUCCAAGAGUCCCCGGAAACCAGAUCCAACGACUUAUACGUGCGAACGGGCUGGCCCCGACGACCCUAGAUUCACGAUUCCGGCCAGGCGCCCGGAAGAUCCCCACACAGUUGUCAUCGGCACACACGGCUUUACCGACCAUCUCAAGACGGUUACCGCUCAUGGAUAUGAUUACAGAUCAAAAGCUGAAUCUCGAACGGUUCUCCCUACUGACUACCGCGGAAAGCCUUGGCCUAGCGCGGUGCCCAUUGUGAUUAUCGGCAAUGAAGGCAGACUGGAAGAUCUGCCUCAUGACCGUCUCAUCGGGGCUGACACAGACAGAGAUGGUAAGCCUCAUCGACUGGUUGACCCUGACUGGUCUAUUGAUGUCGAUGCUGGCAACCGUGGAGAUGUCACUCUCUUAGCUGGCAGUGCUCCGGUUCCCAACGAAGAUGGCAAGCCCGAUACCCGGAUCCCCCCUCACGAGAGUAUUCCUAUUGAUGGCGAUGGGCUACCGGACAUUAUACUGGAUAGUCCAGGCUCUUUCGAGGGCGACGGAAGAUCAGGUAGCAGCACCAAGCCAAGCGAGAAUACCAAAGGCAGUAAAAGGCCAGGUAUUGACAAUGACAGUUUUGGAAACCUGACAGGUGCAACCGCCGAAAUUGGUGCUCCCCUUGGAACCUUUCUGCCAGGAGCUGCCGUUGACUCAGUUGAUGUAAACGCAGAUGGCAAGCCUGACAUUACUGUCGGCAACGGUCCAAUCCACACCAUGCCUCGCUUUGACCUCCGGAUUGUUGACUUGGGCCCUGGCACCCCGGUAGAUACAAAUUUCGAUGGUCUACCUGAUUUGUUUAUUGGACCCGAUGGUUCCAUCGACCUGAACGGGCAUCGCGUAUUUGUCAAGGCAGAUGGCACCGUGGAUGUUAAUGGGGAUUCCAUUCCUGACGCCAUGGUCGAUCUCCAAGGCAAUGUGGACAUCGACGGUGACCACAAGCCCGACUUCCAGAUUCUAUACGCUCAAGCAGAUGGAGAUCCAAUCUUGACAACUACCUCGAUCGUUGGUUCGCCGCUUGAUACUGACGCCGAUGGCGUAGCUGAUGCUGUCGUGAGCUCUACCGGUGGUGUUCUCCUCAACGAUGGCAGAUCACUCGUAAUUGGGCUUAACGGCCUAGUGGAUGUAAAUGGGGAUGGAAAGCCUGACACGACGAUUCUUCCGGGGGGCGGAAUCGAUCUCGAUUUGGAUGGUUUACCUGAUAUCUUCCUUGGCGGCCUUACUAUUGGACUCAGCGGUGGCAACGGACUCGUUUCCGUCGACCACCUCGGCAAUGUGGAUCUUGACGGCGACGGUGACACCGAUUUGACUCUCAAACUUAACGUUACUGUCCAUCCGGGUAAUGGAACGGCACCCAUCACCCUUGGUACUGGCAACCCCGGCAACGUGAUUUUCGGCGAUAUCCCCUUUACGAUUCCAGGGGCUGGCGUAGAUCUUGACGGUGAUCUCAAGGCUGAUACUUACAUUGCUUUCGGUGGCGGAAUCGACAAAAACGAGGACGGCCAGCCUGACCUCAUUGUGGACCUCGCCGGCAACGUCGAUUUAAAUCUGGAUGGCAUCAUUGACGGUGUUGUCCGCGCCGACGGAGGCAUUGAUACCACCGGCGAGGGAAUCCCCGAUAUCACUGUUCUGAGAACUAUUCCACUAGUAUCUAAUGCUGUGGGAAAUGGGACCACAGGGCCUGUCACUCCCCCCGUAUUUCUGCCUCUCCCUGGGAUGGGGGUAGAUUUAAAUGCGGAUGGUCAAGCCGACGUCUACGUGGGUCUCGAUGGCGGAAUCGACGUGAAUAGAGACAAUAAACCAGACAUUAUUGUGUUCCCUGACGGCGGCGUGGAUCUGGAUCUUGACGGAAUACCGGACGGGAAAGUCAGAGUAGAUGGAGGAAUCGACCUCACGGGAGAAGGUAGACCCGACAUUUACCUUUUGCGACACAUCAUUCGACCUAUUACAAGUGGAACUACGGUCACUGGGCCUGUAGGAUCUGGUAGCAAUGCCACUACAGGAUUUUCUAUUCUCCCUGGCAUGGGCGUUGAUCUAGACUUUGACGGCAAGGCUGAUACUACCAUAGGCCCUGGAGGAGAAGUCGAUACUGAUGGAGACCUCAAACCAAAUAUUGUUGUGAAUCUUGAUGGCAGCGUCGAUUUGGAUCUGGAUGGUAUCCCUGAAACUGAUGUCAAGGUUGAUGAUCAAGGCAGACUAGAUGUCGACGGAGAUGGCAAGCCAGACAUCACCAUUUUGCAAACCUUUGGAGCCAACCUCCCAGUGACACUCACCGAAAGCCCUGCUGGCUAUAUAUUCCCAGGCUUAGGAGUUGAUCUCGACUUUGAUGGCUUGCCAGAUACCACCGUCAAGUUGGACGGGGGAAUCGAUAGAACCUUUGAUGGAGUGUCUGACCUCUUCCUGAAGGCAAAUGGGGGAGUUGACACUAAUCUUGAUGGGAAGGCUGAUACUAUGAUUAAUAUUGAUGGGAGUAUCGAUAUCGACGGGGAUUCAAAACCGGACUUGGUUGUUCUUGGGCUGGUCGACGCUAUCCAGAAUGCUGUCAGCGGCGCGCUCGGCAACAUAGUCAACCUUGGCCGUGGCAAUGACACCAAUGGCACGGCUAUUGGUAAUAUUCCUGUGCUUACUCUCAACGGACACCUUCUUACUGGGGCUGGCGUUGACCUCAACGGGGAUCAAAAGCCUGACACCACUGUUGGCCUUUAUGGGACGAUCCAUAGAGGAGAUGGAAAUCCCGACAUUACCAUCUUGCCGGGAGGCGGAGUUGACAGUAAUUCAGAUGGAAUUGCAGAUACUUUUGUGCUUCCUACGGGGGACAUAGAUCUCGAUUCAGACGGCAAGAUUGAUCUGACCAUUUUGGUCGAUGCCACGUCACCAAGCACUCCCGUCAGUGACGCCUUAUCUGAAAUCCUUUCCCAGGCCCUGAAGGAAGUUUUUGGAUUUACUACAAACAAUACCGGACUUGGCCAGUUUCUCAUUGGCAACGGCACAGCGAAUAAUACCGGGUUCCUAGGGGAAAUUCUAGGAAUCAACGGAGCCGUCAAUAGUAGCGUCAUUGGCGACGUUGUUACUGCGAUUCUGUCACAAACCCUAAGUGAAGCCCUUGGAGUCAAUGAAACUGCAAGCAAUGUCCCCGUCCCCAGCGACGUAUUAGGCGGGGCUCUUUCACAGGCUCUUAGUGAAGUUCUUGGACUGACUACAAACGUCACUGGACUCGGCCAGCUUCUCAUCGGCAACGGCACUGCAAACAAUACCGGGCUCUUGGGGGAAAUCUUGGGGAUCAACGGAGCCGUCAAUAGUAGCGUCGUUGGUGAUGCAGUUACUGCAAUUCUCUCGCAGGCUCUGAGAGACGCUCUAGGAGUCAAUGGAACCGCAAGCAACGUCCCUGUCCCUACUGAUGUUUUAGGCGGAGCUCUGUCACAGGCUCUCAGUGAAGUUCUUGGACUUACCACGAAUGUUACUGGGCUUGGGCAACUCCUGCUUGGCGAUGGUACUGCGAAUAACACCGGCCUUUUGGGAGAAAUCCUGGGUAUUAAUGGAGCUGUCAGUAACGCGGAUAUUGGCAAUGCUGUUACUGCAAUUCUCUCACAGACCCUUAACGCUACCCUUCCUACAGACGCCUUAGGCGUAAUUCUUUCACAGGCUCUUGGCGAAGCUCUUGGACUCACUACCAACGCCACUGGACUUGGGCAACUACUUCUUGGUGAUGGCACGGCGAAUAAUACUGGUCUGUUGGGAGAAAUUCUAGGCAUUAACGGCGCUGUCAGUAACACGGAUAUCGGCAAUGCGGUUAGUGCUAUUCUUGCACAGGGACUUUCUGAGGCUCUUGGACUUAAUGGCGCUGGAAACAACACGGGACUCGGCGCUCUUAUUGGCCAGGUUCUGGGUGAUAAUGGAACCGGCAACUUUACCAACGUCCUCGGUGACUCUAUUGGCGCCGUGCUUUCGAGCGCUCUCAGUGAAGUCCUCGGUCUUGCUAGUAACGAUACAGGGCUUGGGCAACUACUCUUGGGCAAUGGGACCGUGAACAAUACAGGACUCCUCGGAGAAUUGCUUGGGAUCAAUGGAGCUGUGAAUGAUACUGCCAUUGGCGACGCUAUUAAUGCCAUUCUUUCACAGGCUCUUAACGAGGCCAUCGGACUCAAUGGCACGAAUACCACAGGCCUAGGAAGUCUUUUGCCUGGAGGUAAUGUACCUGGCGGUAUCCUUGGCAGUCUCGCCGAUGCUCUCCUUGGCAAUGGAACUGGCAAUGCUACAAACCUUCCUGGUGAUAUUCUUACUGGGGUUCUCACACAGGCUCUCGGUGAAACCCUUGGACUCGUACCAAAUACGACCGGCCUCGGGUCUGUUCUCUUUGGCGAUGGAACGGCCAAUAGCACCGGCCUCCUAUCAUCUCUCCUUGGACUCAACGGAACUAUCGACGCCAACCUUGGCUCGCUUCUAGGAGGUAACGGAACUGCAGCCAACCCGGGCCUGAUUGGUCAACUUCUUGCGGGCGGCAUCCUCGGCCAGCUGCUUCCACCGCUCAAUGCAACUGGCAAUAACACAGCCCUCGGUGACGCGCUCAGUGGCCUUCUCUCGCAAGGUCUCAACGAGACUCUCGGCCUUGCUGCAAACAACACAGGCCUUGGAAGCUUGUUGUUCGGCAAUGGAACUGCUAAUAAUACCGGUUUGCUGGGUACGCUGCUCGGCUUAGGCGGUCUUGGUAACGGAACUCUUGGAAACACAACCACUGGAAACAACACCGGCAGCGCUGGUAACGGGGGCUUCCUGUCACUCGAUCUGUCCGGCUUAAUCAAUCAUGCGGUUGACCUAAAUGGUGACGGCCAGGGAGACACGGUAAUUGAUGCAAACGGCGGCAUCGAUUUGAAUUCGGACGCCAUUGCUGAUAUUUUUAUCAGUCUUGUCAACGGUAUUGAUAGUGUUGAUCUUUCUGGCGCGGGACUUCCAGUUAGCCUUGUGUUCGGCAACGGAGGCGUUGAUCUUUCUAAUGAUGGUAUUCCUGAUAUUGCCAUCGAUAUUGGCCAAGGAUUCACGCCUUCUAGUGGUUUAACAACUGCCAUUCUCAGUGGCCUUGGAAAUCUUCUUAAUGGAAACACAACCGCGGGAAACACUACGGGCAGCUUUCUUGGACUCGAUCUCCCCGCCCUGAUCGGACGGCCCGUUGACCUGACCGGCGAUGGCAAGGGAGAUGUGAUAGUUACUCCUGGCGGCGGAAUCGACUUGAAUUCGGACGCCAUUCCUGAUAUUUUCAUCACCGUUGCCAACGGAGUUGAUAGUAUAACUGGGGGCGGACUUCCAAUUACUUCAAUCUUAGCAGACGGAAGUAUUGACCUAAACAUGGAUUCCCUACCUGACAUUUCAAUUGACAUUGGCUCAGGGUUUACACCCACUGGCGGCUUGACAAGCAGCAUCAUCAACAGUCUUGGAAAUAUACUUAGCAAUCCUGGCGGCUUGCUCGGCAAUGGCACCACAGGAAAUACCACCAGUAAUUUCCUUUCACUAGACCUUCCUUCUCUCAUCGGACGUGCCGUUGAUUUAAACGGGGAUCUCAAAGGAGAUACAAUCAUCGAUAACACUGGAGGAAUCGAUUUGAAUUCGGACGCCGUUGCUGAUGUGUUCAUCAAGCUUGUGGACGGCGUUGAUAGCAUUGAUUUGACUGCCGCCGGGCUUCCGAUUACGUUUGUCUUGGCCAAUGGGGGCGUCGAUCUCUCGGGAGAUGGUAUUCCUGACAUUUCCAUCGACAUUGGCAACGGAUUCGUCUCUACAGGAGGUCUAACAACUGGCAUUCUCGACAACCUUGCAAACCUCCUCAGCAGUCUUCUCGGCGGCCUUCUGGGAGGGAAUGGGACUACAGGUAACGGAACCACAGGAAACACGAGUGGCCUGCUUUCACUCGACCUUCUGUCUCUCAUAGGCAUUCCGGUUGAUCUCAACGGUGAUGGUAAAGGAGAAACAAUUAUUGAUGCCCAGGGUGGUAUCGAUCUAAACAACGACAAUAUCUCAGACAUCUUUAUUACAUUCGCAAACGGUCGAGAUGGAAUCGAUCUCACCGGCGAUAGCCUUCCAGACACUUUUAUUUCCGCAUUGGGCGGAAUCGAUCUGAACUCUGAUGGUAUUCCGGAUAUAAGUAUUGAUAUUGGUUCAGGAUUCACGCUUACGGGUGGCCUGACGGAUGGUAUCCUCAAUGGCAUUCUGGGCGGUCUGCUCGGCGGCCUACUGGGAGGCAACGGGACUACAGGCAACGGAACGGGUCUGCUGGGUGGCGGACUCCUUGGUAAUGGAACCUCUCCUGGAAACGGAACGGGCGUUGACCCUGGCCUGCUCGGGGGUCUUCUAGGAGGCAACGGAACUGCAACUAAUGAGACUACUGGUGGCCUUUUGGGAGGACUUCUCGGCAAUGGAACUGCAACUAAUGAGACUACUGGUGGCCUUUUGGGAGGACUUCUCGGUAAUGGAACGGGCGUUGACCCUGGCUUGCUUGGGGGCUUGCUAGGAGGCAACGGAACUGCAACUAAUGAGACUACUGGUGGCCUUUUGGGAGGCCUUCUCGGCAAUGGAACGUCUGGUGGCAAUGGGACGGGCAUUGAUCCCGGGUUAAUCGGAGGUCUCCUCGGAAAUGAACCCUCUCUUGGCAACGGGACGGGCAUUGACCCCGGGUUGCUCGGGGGUCUUCUGGGAGGAAACGGAACUGCAAGUAAUGAUACUUCUCUGUUGGGAGGCCUUCUCGGCAAUGAAACGUCUGGUGGCAAUGGGACGGGCAUUGAUCCCGGGUUAAUCGGAGGUCUCCUCGGAAAUGGGACUUCUCUUGGCAACGGAACCGUAACCGAUGGGACUUCUCUAUUGGGAGGCCUUCUAGGCAAUGGAACUGUAACUAAUGGGACGUCUGGUGAUCUGUUAGGGGGUCUUCUCGGUAAUGGAACCUCUCUUGGUAACGGAACUGAUCUAGGCAUUGGAGGUCUGUUAAAUAGCACUGACCUGGGUGCUAUUGGAGGUCUUAACGGCACGCUCCUUAACUCAACUCUCGGGGGCCCGGAUCUUUCUGGAAUACUCAAUGGGACGACGGGGCUCAUAAAUAGCACCAUCGGAGAGCUCGGUAACACUACUGGUAUAGGGGGUCUCUUGAACAGUACGCUUGGGGGCCUCACCAACUCAACGAUUGGAGAUCUUCUGGGGGGAAUAACCAAUGGAACAGAUCUAGGGGGUCUAGGGGGUCUAUUAAACGGAACCGAUCUAGGUACUGGGCUCCUUAACUCAACUCUGGGGGGUGAUCUUUCUGGAGUACUCAAUGGCACAACGGGGCUCUCAAAUUCUACACUUGGGGGCCUCAUUAAUAAUGGAACCAUCGGAGAUCUUCUUGGUAACAACGGCACCAACCUUGGCACUGGGCUCUUGAACUCAACUCUGGGGGGCGAUCUUUCUGGAGUACUCAAUGGCACAACGGGUCUCACCGACCUUGGAAACUUGAUUAAUGAAACCACGGGGCUCUUAAACUCAACUCUCGGUGGCAUAGAUCUCUCUGGAGUACUCAAUGGGACCUCUACCCUGGGUGACACAGGGGGCCUUCUCAACGGAACCGAUCUUGGCACUGGAGGGCUCCAAAAUGGCACAGACCUCGGUGGUGCUGUGAGUGGCUUGCUCAAUAGUACAGAUCUCGGAGGGAUAGGAGGACUUAUUAAUAGCACGGAAGGUCUCCUGAAUUCUACCAUAGGAAAUUUGAACGGAACGGAUAUUCUGGGCGGUUUGCUCGGGGGAUCCCCCGACAAUUCCACAGGUUCCCUUGGAGGAGUUAUUGGAGACCUAGCAAACAGCACGGGAUUACUCGGCGGAGCAAACGGAACGGAUCUUUUGGGUGGCUUGUUGGGAACUUCAACGCCCGAAACAAACAACACUGGCCUACUUGGAAAUGACACCCUAGGAGGAGCCAUUGGAAACCUGACAAAUAGCACCGGCAACCUCUUGAAUACAACAACAGGAUUAUUAGAAGGGUUGGGAACUCCGGACAACUCCACAGCGACUGGUGGUUUGUUGAAUACGGGAGGUGCCUUGAACAUAACAACUGGAGGCGAUAUUUUGGGAGGCUUGAUUGGGACUCCUGAGAACACAACGACAGGUGGAUUAGGAGCAGAAGUAGAAGGUCUAUUGAAUAGUACUCUUGGUACUGUAAUAGGGGGACUAUUGAAUAACACCGACCUUGGAGGAGUAAUUGCGAAUCUAACAAACACGACGGACGCCACUGGUUUAUUAGGGGGGCUUCUUGGAGGAACUCCUGACAACUCCACAGGCACUGGGUUGUUGAACACGGGGGGCGUUUUGAACACAACAACUGGUGGCAAUCCCCUGGGAGGAUUAUUAGGAUCUGGGACUCCUGAAAACACAACGGCGGGUGUAGGGGGUCUCAAUCUAACCGCAACUAUUGGAGGCACUAUCGAUAAUACCACAGGAUCAGGAGGUGGAAAUGGCACAACAGGAAAUGGCACAACAGGAAAUGGCCUGACUGGCGGCACUGGGACUGGCGGCCUCCUCAGUGGCCUCCUCGGCGGCGGAAACGGCUCCGUAACGAAUGGCAGCACUAACAGCACUGGCGGCACUAAUUCGACCCCAACGACUGUUGGCAUCGAUAUUCUUGGUGCUAUUAUAAACUCGACAAUUUCUAUUUUGAACACGACAGGCAAUACUCUUGGCAGCAUUGUGAAUUCGACUGGUAGCCUUCUCAAUUCUACUACUGGCGCCGUGGGGAAUCUCGUAAAUACGACGGGCGACGCUUUGUUAGGAAGUCUGCUCUCUGGUGGAACAGGAUCAACGGGUACCGGAGCGACAAACACCACGACGACAAACUCAACAGGGGGACUCCUGGGUGGCUUAUUGGGUAGUGGCUCUACAACAAAUACUGGCUUGACCAAUGCCACAACUACUGGUACCAACUCCACGGCGCUUUUAGGUAGCCUCUUGGGUGGAGGCACUGGAGGAACCAAUACCACAUCAACCGGAACUGGCUCGACAGGCACGGGAUCAGGGCUUUUAGGCGGACUGCUAGGGACCGGGUCGACUGAUCAAUUCCGUUCCCUUGCCUCUCUUUCGUUUCUUUUUCCCUCUUUCUUCUCUUCAGAAUCUCACCGCUACAAGCCUGGUACCGUCACUCUCCGAGAGAUUCUUGUCAAAGAAUCUCACCGCUAUAAGCCCGAUACCGUCACUCUCCGUGAGAUUCGACGAUACCAGAAGUCGACUGAGCUCCUGAUCCGAAAGCUAUCCUUCCAGCGUCUGAUUCGCGAUAUUGCCCAAGACUUCAAAAGCGACCUCCGCUUCCAGCCUUCUGCCAUCGAUGCCCUCCAGGAGUCUGUCAAGUCUUACCUCGUCUCCCUCUUCGAGAACACCAACCAUAUCCGAGUGGCCGUGCUCGGGCGUGAGAAUGCCGACCUUCGGCGUCGUCUUGCUCUGGUAGAGAACCAGCAACAGCAACAGCAACAGCAACAGCAACAGCAACAGCAACAGCAACAGCAACAGCAACAGCAAGCAGCAGCACUUCCGGCUGCUCCCGCUCCCGCUCCCGCCGCCACCAACACCGAGGUGGCCCUCGUCCCGGCCCCGGCCCCGGCCGCCGCCGCCGUCACCGCCCAAAAGCGGUGUUACGGUUGUGACCAACCAUGUCACAUAAAGAGGCAUUGUCCUCAGAACUGGGCCGGCCCGGCCCCCCCUUUUCCGGCCAAUUUUGGCCCAAACAUGUACUUUGCCCGGGGUGGGCAAAAAAUUAGUUAUCAUUACUAUGGUAAUGAGGAGGGCUCCCAGCCCCAUUGA